AUGGAUUUGAAAGUACAAAUCGACAAACUAGAAGGUGCGGAAAAUUGGAGCAAGUGGAAGUGGCAAAUGAAAAUGCACUUUGAACAAUAUGACCUCACAUCAAUUAUUGAUGGAACUAAAAUUUGUCCGGUCGCUGUAAACGGCGAUGUUAGGGCCGAUGAGCACGUAAAGAAGGUGGCUGAAUGGCGGCGUGAUAACGCUAAGGCAGCCGCGCUUAUUGCAAGUACGUUGAGCGCUUCUAUAGCCGAUUUAGUGAUGACAUACUCGAAUGCAAAGGACAUUUGGAACAAAUUAAUUAGUGUUUUUGAACAAAGCAGUAUUCAGAGACUUAAUUUAUUGAUGACACAAUUUUUUCAAGUUGGUAGAGAUCCUAAUGACAAUGUUGCUACACACGCAGCUAAAGUUGAAAGAAUCUACACGAAUAUGAAUGGUGAAUUAAAUCGUAUUGGAUCAAGUAAUAUUCCAGAAGAAUUAUUGCAUGGCAAAAUAUUGCUUACUGUGGGUCCAGAAUUCCAAGAAUUCAGCAAUGUUUGGGAGUCUCUAGACUCUGAUAAACGAACAACGAAGAAUCUUGUUGAAAAAUUGUGUACAAUUGAACAACGUGUUAAAUCUAAUGCUGCUGUGGAUUAUGGCGCAUUUGCAGCUCGUGUGCCUGGUUUUAAGCAAAAACCUGUGAAAAAUGGGGAAAUACUUCCUGAAAGUACUCCUGUAGGUAAUAAAUCUAGUAAUUUCAAGCAAAAGAACUGUUUUAAGUGUGGUUCGAAUACACAUCUUUGUAAGGACUGCCCUAAGAGAAGGUCAAAUGUCUCAAAGCAUAAUAAAGGUGCAUUUGCUGCUAGUGCAGACACAUCCUGA